CACUAAUUGGCGGCCGUUGAAUCCAAGAAUCAAUAUAUCAACAGAAGUAAACGAUUACUUUAAUCAUACAUAUGGAAAUAACGUAAUUGUAAAAAACGAAACGAACGAUGAGUUUCCGAAUGGCACCUAUGAGAUGUCCAUACUGUACGGCAGUCCGGACUUACAGGAAAUUUUGAAAAUGUCAGAAAUGAUCGGUAAAAAAAUCAUGCCUGCAAUACUAACGUUAAUCAUCAUAUUCGGAGUAUUAGGGAAUCUACUCGUGAUUUGCGUUAUACUUAGGGAUAAAUUUAUGAGGAAUGGAUCUUACCUGAUGUUCCUAAAUUUAGCAAUGGCAGACAUGCUGUACCUUGCUAUUUGCCUCCCUGCUUCUAUCUCUGAAUCUGUGCGGAGUCGUUGGAUCCUAGGGGAAACCAUGUGUAAAAUUGUACAUUUUACAGUUGAUGUCUCUGUGUACGUGAGUAUUUACACCUUGGUGCUGAUUUGCCUUGCGAGGUUCCUUGCGGUUGCGUUUCCGGUACAAUUUUCCAGUUCACAGACCCUGUCCUGCUCAAUCACCGCAUGUGCAGUAGUUUGGAUAGUUAUGUUGGCUGCAAACAUUCAAGUUCUCAUCCGAGCUAAACUGCAACCCAUUCGACCUGACCUACCAAACAGCGACGAGGUGCAUUGUUUCAAAACAAAUAGUGAUGAUGAAACGAAAAAAGUAGUUCUACAUUUUUUCAUAUUUGCUUACGCCUUGCCACUGGUCUUCAUCACUGUUUUAAACGGUAUCAUCUUUCUUCACCUCCAGAGUGCCGCCACAGGUGAUUACUUGAGCCUGGCCACAAGGAAGCGUAGAAAAAGAUUUCGACAGCUUGUCAUACUCGUUAUUAUUGGCUUUGCGGUCUGCUGGGGUCCUAUCAAUAUAAUGGGAAUGAUCCAAACACAUGGCUCUGUUCAUAUGUCUCGUGUUUGGACGAUUCUUAACACGGUAUCUAAUUGUAUGGCCUACGCUAACUCUAUGAUCAACCCCAUAUUCUAUAACAUUGGGUCGUCGGAUUUUAGACGGGCCUUCAAAGACCUGGUACAAAAAUGUCGCUCGUGCGGAUGUGAGAGCUCUACUGAAAGUAACGUCCUGGUUGUUGUUGCGACUGUAAAUAAAGACAAAGCGCGAAGUAGUUCCGACAAUCCAAGUGAUCUAGGAAUGGCGUCCAGCUCAGUGCCUAGCAGGGUCUCAAUGCCUACGCUUUCCAGUACAUCAGUUUAAUAUGAAGACUGAAUAUACCAUAUUCACGGUGUAUAACCCAAACGCUCCUACAUGCACGACGGAGCGUUUCAUUACUGAAAUUAAACAAAGAAACGCUCCGAAGUAGGAAAACUGGCUGGCGGGAAUGAUGAGCCGUCUGACGAUUUCCCCAAUAAUGGGAAUAAGAGGUAUGAGUUACAUAUUUCGAGUAUACCAUUCGAUGGGUGUGAUAUUCAUGUUGUACUUGGCUGGCUGUUGACGUUUGAAGCAAUUAGGAAGAGCUGUACGAAGCAGUAUAGUUAUCAAAAUCCAAAAACGUAUUUGUCAUUCUACCGGUCAAAACCCCUUUUGUCGAUAUAUGUGAUUAGUUGAGCCAAGAUUAGAGCACCAACGUUUAUUUUAGUCAAAUUCCAAUGCUUCAACGCACCAUACAUUAUCGUAAUAGUGAUUUGAUGACCGAAAAUCCAGUCUUAAAAAUGAUGACAUUCUCAUAUUCAAGAAACGCUCCGAUCUGGUUAACACAGUGAACUGGAAACGCUCCGGUAGUCUAGAUCUGUUUAGGAAAUAUAUAGCUUGCCUUUCCUUUUCAGGAAGAGAAAGAAAAGAUCUAUUAUACCCCUUGGCAUCAAAAGAAGAAAGAUUAAUUCACAUAUAAAUUUUCUUUUUUUUAUAGUUUUAUGAUUUAGCACACAUGUAGGCAUGACAUCAUCUAAUGUAGGCUUAAAUCAGCUAGUUGCACGUUUAGCACCACCAGGUUCAGAUGUUUCAAUUUGCCUAACAAGUACAACACGAAUUUGAGAGAAAGAUUCGAUUCGGAACUCUUCUCUAAUAAUCUGAAAAUGAUAUCAAAACAAAAUGGUAAGAGCGUUUCUAUAAUUGUGCUCUAAAUCGACGGAGCGUUUCGAGGAAAACAAGCGAUUUCUUGAGAACAAGUAAUGCAUUUGGACUGGGAUUUUAGGAAAUGAGAAUAUACGAGUUUGUGAUCUACUACUUUAACAGAAAGAUUAACGUUUUCAUAGAAAUACUAGUUUAAUUCGUAAUUUGUGGUCAAAUCGUCAUCUUCAGAUUCGUUCGAUCUACACUACGGAGCUUUGAUCAAGC